AUGACUAAUGAGGGGAGAUUCAAAGCCAAAGGUUUUGUGAGAACUUCAUCAACCACAAGACCAAUACAAGCUCUGAGUUUUCACAUGAUUGGCAUACUCCUUCAGUGUGUUCUUUUCAUCAGUGUCCUUUCUAUUGCAGUUUCAGAGGCUCUCUGCAACUCGCAAGAUCGAGAAUCCCUACUGUGGUUCUCUGGAAACGUUUCUUCUUCUGUUUCUCCUCUGAAUUGGAACCCAUCCAUUGAUUGUUGCUCAUGGGAAGGAAUAACCUGCGAUGAUUCCCCGGAUAGCCACAUCACUGCAAUCUCAUUGCCCUUUAGAGCACUAUAUGGUAAACUCCCUUUGUCUGUUCUGCGUCUCCACCAUCUCUCUCAACUCAAUCUUUCUCAUAACCGUCUCUCCGGUCAUCUCCCAUCUGGCUUUCUCUCAGCCCUUGAUCAGCUCAAAGUUCUUGAUCUUAGUUACAACAGCCUCGAUGGUGAGUUGCCAGUUGAACAAACAUUUAGAAAUGGAAGCAACAGAUGUUUCCCAAUUCGGAUAGUUGAUCUGUCAAGCAAUUUUCUCCAAGGCGAAAUCCUCCCUAGUUCUAUUUUUAUGCAAGGAACUUUCGAUUUAAUCAGUUUCAAUGUCAGCAAGAACAGCUUCACAGGCUCAAUCCCUUCGUUUAUGUGCAAGAGUUCACCGCAGCUCAGCAAACUGGAUUUCUCCUACAAUGAUUUUACCGGUAAUAUUCCGCAAGGACUAGGGAGAUGUUUGAAGCUAAGUGUUCUACAAGCAGGCUUCAACAAUAUCUCUGGUGAAAUCCCAAGUGACAUAUACAAUCUUUCGGAGCUCGAGCAACUCUUUCUACCCGUCAAUCAUCUUUCUGGAAAGAUCAAUGAUGACAUCACCCACCUCACAAAACUAAAAUCGCUCGAGCUGUACUCCAAUCACCUUGGAGGAGAAAUACCAAUGGACAUAGGUCAGCUCUCUCGCCUGCAAAGCCUCCAACUCCAUAUCAAUAACAUCACUGGUACAGUCCCGCCUUCUCUUGCAAAUUGUACUAAUCUCGUCAAGUUGAAUCUGAGGCUUAAUCGGCUGGAAGGAACCUUAUCAGAGCUUGACUUUUCCCGCUUUCAGAGCCUUAGCAUUCUAGAUCUCGGAAACAAUAGCUUCAGCGGUGAUUUCCCUUGGAGGGUUCACUCCUGCAAAUCUCUAUCAGCGAUGAGAUUUGCAAGCAAUAAGUUAACAGGACAGAUAUCUCCUCACGUACUGGAACUUGAAUCUCUAUCGAUCUUGUCUCUUUCAGACAAUAAACUGAUGAACAUUACAGGCGCUCUUGGAAUUCUGCAGGGCUGCAGGAAUCUGUCCACUCUCCUCAUAGGAAAGAAUUUUUACAACGAAACAUUUCCAAGCGACAAAGACUUGAUUUCCUCAGAUGGAUUCCCUAAUCUCCAAAUAUUUGCUAGCGGUGGAUCUGGACUGAGAGGUGAAAUACCAGCUUGGCUAAUCAAAUUGAAGAGCUUAGCAGUCAUAGAUUUGUCCCACAACCAGCUUGUAGGGUCAAUUCCUGGUUGGUUGGGAACUUUUCCCCACCUUUUCUAUAUUGAUCUCUCAGAAAAUCUUCUUUCAGGAGAGCUGCCGAAGGAUUUAUUCCAACUAAAGGCUCUGAUGUCCCAAAAGGCCUACGACGCAACAGAAAGGAACUAUCUAAAGCUGCCAGUUUUUGUCAGUCCCAAUAAUGUUACAACUCAUCAGCAAUACAAUCAGCUGUUUAGCCUCCCACCUGGGAUCUACAUAAGAAGGAAUAACCUGAAAGGAAGUAUACCGAUCGAAGUUGGCCAGUUAAAGGUUCUUCAUGUCCUCGAGCUUUCUCAUAACUAUUUGUCUGGCAUCAUCCCACAUGAGUUGUCGAAACUCACCAGCUUAGAGAGGCUUGACCUGUCCAACAAUCACUUAUCUGGUAGAAUUCCUUGGUCGCUAACAAGCCUCCAUUAUAUGUCUUAUUUCAACGUGGUGAACAACAGUCUCGACGGGCCAAUACCCACAGGAAGUCAGUUUGAUACUUUUCCACAAGCAAAUUUUAAAGGAAACCCCUUGUUGUGCGGUGGCAUACUGCUGACUUCCUGCAAGGCUUCAACAAAGCUGCCUGCUACAACCACAAAUAAAGCGGAUACAGAGGAUGAAGAGGAGUUGAAGUUUAUUUUUAUUCUCGGAGUUGCCACUGGAUUUUUUGUUUCCUACUGUUUUUACUGGUGCUUUUUUGCUAGACUCGAUGCUUUCAUUAGUAAGUAA